AUGAAAGCCUCCAUUGCCCUUUCGGCCCUUUUGGCCCUCGCCUCGGCCGCUCCCUCCCGUAUGCACCAUCACCAUGAACACAAGAGAGAUGUGGUGACUGUCACUGUUGGCGAAAACGCCGAGUCUGCCCUUUCCAAAAAGGACUCCUCUGCUCCACCGGCCUCCAGUCCAUCCUCCUCUGGCCCUGCAUCUGGCUCUUCCUCUGGCUCCGCUCCUUCUGCUGCCUCUUCAGGCUCUAGCUCCGGCUCUGGCUCCAGCUCCAUUUCUGGUGAUCUUUCCGCUUUCGCUGACCCAACCGUUAAGUUCGAGGAUGGUGUCCACGACUGUAGCACUUUGCCAACUGGCCAAGGUGUUAUUGCUGUGGACUGGAUCUCUGGUUUGAACGGUGGUUACACCUCCAUUAUGAACUUGAAUGGUGACACCUCCUCCACUUGUCAGGAUGGUUUCUACUGCUCUUACGCAUGCCAAGCCGGUAUGUCCAAAACUCAAUGGCCUUCUAACCAGCCUUCCAACGGUAUGUCUGUUGGUGGUUUGCAAUGUAAGAAUGGUAAGUUGUACAGAUCCAACCCAGACUCCGAUUACUUGUGUGAAUGGGGUAGCCAAACCGCUGACUUUGUCUCCAAGCUUGACAAGGAUGUGGCUAUUUGCAGAACCGACUACCCAGGUUCUGAGAACAUGAACGUGCCAACCUUGUUGAGUGCUGGUGGCUCCACUCCAUGCACUGUUGUGGACUCUGACACCUACUUCAAGUGGAACAACGGUAAGACCUCUGCUCAAUACUACGUCAACAACGCUGGUGUUUCUGUUGAGGAUGGUUGUAUCUGGGGUGACGCCUCUUCUGGUGUUGGUAACUGGGCUCCAGUUGUUCUCGGUGCCGGUACUACUGGCGGUAACACUUACUUGUCCUUGAUUCCUAACCCAAACAACAAACAGGCUCCAAACUACAGCAUUGAGAUUAAGGGCGCUGACGGUGCUUCUACCGUGGGCUCUUGUUCCUACGUCAAUGGCCAAUACAAUGGUGGUGACGGAUCUGACGGAUGUACCUUGACUCUCACCAGCGGUAAGGCUCAAUUUGUCUUUUACUAA